AUGGACCUCAGCAGCGACGAUAGCGAUUCAUCGUUCGGCAAUGGGAGUCCCCUCACGAACAGAUCAUCGAGCAGCUCCAGCGACACCAGCAGCGUGAGCUCCGUGAAAUCGAACUCGUCGUCCAGCGAGGAGGAGAGAAACUUACUGGACAGCAACUACGAUAUUAUCACUGAGCUGAACCUGAAGCAGUUUGUGUUUAGGGUCGACCGUUACGCCGUGCUGGACGAUCAGGCAGUGGAUAUGGUGGCCAAAAUCGCCGAUGUCUUUGUUAAUGACGUGGCCAGGCGCGUUGUCAAGUUGGCCCAAUACCGAAAGGAGCGGAUGAGCCUGCUGGACCUCAAGUUCACCCUGAAGCGGGAGUACAAUAUGGAAUUUCCCCACGAUAUUGUAGAAGAAAAAUAAAGAAGAGGGCUGACAUAAUUUCAAUAAAAUUAAAACCAUUAAAAAGUCUUUAAGAAAACAUCACAUAAACCUUAAAAUUCAUUUCAUAAGCUGCUUUCAAAAAUAAAAUAAAGAGAAAUGUAAUUAAAAACGACAAGAAUAAAAGCAAAAUCCGUAACAAAUUAAUAA